AUGCCAAACAUCGGGUAUAUACACUGUACAUCUAUAAAUGAUACAAAAAGUUUACUUCAUGAUUUAUUGGAUGGAUAUAAUAAAAAUGUACGGCCAGUUGAAAACCAAACCGAGGCCGUUCAUGUAAGAGUAAGACUCAUGUUGGACUCUAUUCAGGACCUUGAUGAGAUUCGUGGUGUAUUUUCAGUAAUGGGCAUUAUGUACAUAGUAUGGAAUGAUGCAAGUAUGGUGUGGGAUCCAGAACAUUACGGGGGUAUAGACUAUGUUAUGACGUCAUACAAAGAGGUAUGGGUUCCUGAGUUGAUUCUCAUCAACCCGGCAGAUGAAUCAGACACUCUUGGUAAGAAAUGGCAGAGAGUUCUCUUUACACAUACAGGACGCGCUUCAUGGUGGCCUACAGAUCUAUUUAAAAGUACAUGUAAAAUAGAUGUUUACAGAUAUCCAUUUGACUCGCAAGAAUGUGUAAUGAUAUUCUCGGCAUGGGGCUAUUUUUUUGGCCAGGUUAAAUUGACUACGUCAAAAAGUGAAAUCGAUUUGAGGCGUUACGUAGAAAGCUCUACAUGGACGUUAGCGAAAUCUCAAGUCAGGACCUCUGUUGAUGGUACAACAAUAGAGUUUGUUGUAAAUUUAGAAAGGAAGCCAGACUUUGUGAUUGUUAACGUUCUCCUACCAUUAUUAUUUCUCAGCUUACUUAAUGCAUUUGUUUUCCUUCUUGUACCGGAAUCUGGGGAGAGGAUUUCCUACUGUAUCACAGUGUUGUUAUCAAUAGCUGUUUUUAUGACUAUUGUAAGUGACACGCUUCCAAAAAGCUCGGAGCCCGUACCAGUUAUUUCAUACAAGUUAAUGGUUGAUAUGGUAAACAGUACCCUUAUGACGUUUGUCACUAUACUCAAUCUCCGUGUGUAUUACAGAAACGACAAGAAAAAUGUUCCUCGGUGGUUAAAGCAGCUUUACAUGUUUGUGUCCUGUAAGUGUGCAAAACGUGAUAUUCAUCCAAUUUCUACUGACUUAGAGAAAAUGAAAUCUACCCGGAAGUUAUCAGUGUUCGAAAACAAUAAGAACAUCACUAUAAGGAGAGGGUCAACAGAUGAUAAAUCAAACAAUGCACCAAAACUUACUACCCUUAAAAUGUCCUCUAUUUCUGUAUUAAAUGAGGAAAAAAGUGUUCUCGAGCCUAUAGAAAAUACGCUAGCCAGGUUGACGUCAGAGGUAGAAGGAAAUUGUUCUGACAAUGCUAACGUGUCAUGGAAAAAUAUCAGUUACAUGAUCGACGGAAUUGCAUUCGUUUUGUUCACCUUUAUGUCUGUGUGUAGCUUUACAGUUUUCUUUGCAAUUACUUAUUAA